CGCCGCGCGCACCCCGGGGCGCCCCUGUCUAGCACGGCCCGGAGGAUGGGGGGCGGCGGGUCGGCCCUGAGGGUCUGCGCCGACCACCGCGGGGGCAUCAACUGGCUGAGCCUGAGCCCCGACGGGCAGCGCCUGCUGACGGGCAGCGAGGACGGCACGGCCCGGCUCUGGAGCACCGCGGACGGCCAGUGCUGCGCGCUCCUGCGAGGACACGAGAGCUACGUGACCUUCUGCCAGCUGGAGGAUGAGGCGGCCUUCACCUGCAGCGCGGACUGCACCAUCCGGAGGUGGGACGUGCGGACGGGCCAGUGUGUGCAGGUGUACCGGGGACACACGUCCAUUGUCAACAGGAUCCUGGUUACCAACAACCAGCUCUUCAGCGGUUCCUAUGACCGCACCGCUCGCGCCUGGGCUGUGGACCAGGAGCAGGUGUCCCGGGAGUUUCGAGGCCACCGCAACUGUGUGCUGACCUUGGCCUACUCUGCCCCCUGGGACCCUUCCUGUGCGGAGGAGGCCGAGGCCGGGGGCCUCCUGGUGACCGGCAGCACAGACGGCACGGCCAAGGUGUGGCAGGUGGCCAGCGGCUGCUGCCACCAGACCCUGCGAGGGCACACGGGCGCCGUGCUGUGCCUGGUGCUGGACCGUCCUGGCCGCACAGCCUUCACAGGCAGCACCGACGCCACCAUCCGUGCCUGGGACAUCCUGAGCGGGGAGCAGCUGCGGGUGUUCCGCGAGCACCAGGGCUCGGUCAUCUGUCUGGAGCUCGCGGAGCGGCUGCUGUACUCGGGCAGCGCCGACAGGACCGUCAAGUGCUGGCUGCCAGACGCCGGGCACAGCGUGCGCACCUUCCCCGCCCACCGCCGCAGCGUCAGUGCCCUCAAGUUCCACGCGGGGACCUUGUUCACGGGCAGCGGGGACGCGUGCGCCCGGGCCUUCGACGCCCAGUCGGGAGCGCUGCAGAGGGUGUUCCGCGGCCACGCGCUCGUCAUCAACUGCCUGCAGGUGCACGGCCACAUGCUGUACACGGCCUCGCACGACGGUGCCCUGCGCCUCUGGGACCUGCGCGGGCUCCAGGCGCCGUGCCCCAGGCCCACGGCCAAGCGCAGCCUGCCGCGCCUCUUCAGCAACAGGGUGGCCUGCACCCCAGCCGCGCCCCUGCAGCCCGCCUGAGAGGGUCGCGUUGCUGCGGGGGAGCGGGACGGGCGCCCAAGCCCGGGUGAGAGCUGCCCGGCUCCCCACGCCCUGCUGCAGGGCCGCCUGCUGGCGUUGCG